UAAAUAUCAAUAAUAGUAUACUAUUUUUCCUUCUUCUACUUCUAUUUACAAAAAAACAAGGGGUGCGGUACGGUUUAAAUUGUGUGAAUAGAUUUAAGAGUCAGUAUAUGGUUAAUGUAUAUUUCUAAAUGUUUUUAAAUAUCAAUAAUAUGAACAAACUCUCAAAUACUUGGCGAAAUCACCUUACAGAAAAAUUAAAAUCCUAGUGUUCUGUGUUCGUAAAACACAAACUACACCAAGAUACAGUGCUGCGUGCCUUUCUGUGUAAAUACUUCAGAAGUAUGCAAUAGGUGCGACAAAUUCUUGCAAAUAACGUUUGUGAAUUAUGACCAUUUGUGCUCCUGAGUAAAUACUGUUCCCUGUUUGUGACUGUCUUUGUGUUAGGUUAGGUGAAGGGAGGACUAUUCAUUAUUUACAAACUAUUCAACUAAGUUGUGUUAUAUUUGUGAUAAGUCUUACUUACGGAGUUUCUGUGAUGAGUAUAUCUUUGAAGGCUUGAGAGACGAGAAAUUGUAACAAUACAUAGAUAAAUUCUUUGAUAAACAUCCUCUCCAUCGAAGCGUGACGAGGGGACCAAGUGAUCAGGGACAAUGCAUUGCUGCGUACCUUUCAAUGCAAAUACAUCAGACAGUGUGAAUUCACAGAAGUCUGGCCAGUGUGAAUGGCUUAGUUUUCACCGGUGAUAACACAACACAUUGAAACAAUGGAACAAACAAAUAAACACCUAAAACAGACAUCUGUAGUAAAGUCCCUGGGACCAAACCACUGCAACCCUCACCUAAUGGACAGGGGCAGCCACACAGAUAACAACAAAACCGAACACACGUUUAUUGAGAUAGACAUAAAGAGUGAGAUUGAAGAUGUGACGUCAGAGUGUGACAACAUAAACCAUGACGUCACAGAAUGUAAAAUCGAGCACAGUGUGACGGUUAAGAUCGAGCCUGAAGAGCCUCCUGCCUCAAAUGAAUGUGAUAAUAUGAAUAUGGUGCGACGGGAGCCGCUGAAGUAUGAGGUCUCAUUUGGUUGCACCAUUUGUUUGGAGGAAUUUGUUGACGAGCAUACUUACAAUGAGCAUAUGAUCACGCACCUUCAGAAACUGAAUAACGUCCCUCCUUCGUCCACAGGCUCUGCUCAGACUUUAGUCGCUUCACUGCCAGCGAGAAUUGCGACAAUCAAAAAAAAUAAACAGGCAACUGAAGCAGCUGUGACGCAGAAAAGCGAACAAACCCUUGAAACUAACAUUAGCGAACUGGACAACCUAUCAUCUCAGAGCACUACAGUGUGUACAGAUACGAGAAAAUUCACAAAUUGUGCAGUACCAUUGUAUAAUGUUGGAGCCCUCGCUAUUAAGAAGUCCUAUCCGUGCAAUAUGUGUAGUUAUAAUAGUACACGGAAGUAUCAUUUACUAAAUCAUAUGAAAACUCAUACUGGUGACAGACCUUACUGUUGUGAUAUAUGCAAUUAUAAAUUUUCUAGAAAAGACACUUUAUUGAAGCACAUACAGAGAACUCACACUGGUGUAAAGUUUUAUUCUUGUAAGAUAUGCAAUGAUAAGUUUGACAAAAAAAGAGAUUUACACAAUCACAAAAGUAUAGUGCACAAGAGGACCCACACUGUUGAAAAGCCUUACUCCUGUGACAUAUGCAAUCUUAAACUUGUAAAUAAACGUAAUUUAUUAAAUCACAAGAGGAUCCAUACUGGUGAAAAACCGUACUCUUGUGUGAUAUGCGAAUUUAAGUGUGCCGUCAGUAGUUCCUUAUCUAUCCACUUAAAAACUCACACUGGAGAAAAGCCUUACACUUGUGACAUAUGUAAUAAUAGAUUUACAAAAAAGAGUCAUAUACUUGAUCACAUGAGAACCCACACUGGUGAAAAGCCUUACCCUUGUGAUAUAUGCAAUUUUAAAUUCUCACAUAAAGGUAAUUUAUUAAUUCACAUGAGAUCCCACACUGGUGAAAAGCCUUAUUCUUGUAACAUGUGCAAUUAUAAAACUGCCAUUAGAUGUAAUUUAUCAAAGCAUGCGAGAACCCACACUGGUGUGAAGCCUCAUUCUUGUGAGAUAUGCAGUAAAACAUUUGCACGAAGAGGUCAUUUAUUAUAUCACAUGAGAACCCACACUGGUGAAAAACGUUAUUCUUGUGACGUGUGCGAAUAUAAAUGUAAAGCUAAAAGUACUUUAUUAAAUCACGCAAAAAUCCACACCGGUAAAGAAUCAAAACGUUUUUGAAACUCAGGUGAAUUACUUUGAGACGCCAAAAUACACAACAACGAACAAUGUUUUGUGACCAGUGUGUGUGACCAGUACCAGUGUGACCAGUAGUUCUGGUAUCUGCCAGGGAUACACUAAAAAAAAACUGGUUGUCUGUAAAGUCUGAUUACUGACGAUAGUUGAAUGUGACAACGUCAUAAGAAAAUACUGAUGGAAUGGUUUCAUUUUUUAAAAGAAAGAAGGUUCUCAAUUCGAUUUUUUAUGUUUGUUGCCGCAUAACUUCGUAAUUUCCUAACCAAUUUUAAAAAUUAUCUUUUUGUUUGAAAGAGUAUGCUUCCAGAUUGGUUCCAUUUAAUUUUCAUGAAAAUUAAAUGCUAGGACAAACUAAAAACUGAAAAAUAAAAAAAAAAAUAUAUUUUUAACCAAAAAAUUUAACAGACUUCAAAAUUACAAAAAUAAACUAAAAAGCGAAUAAUAACAUCGCAUGUGCUACCUUCUGAUCACUUUGAAGGCGGUACCAACACAGUGAUGCAUUAACUAAAGCCGAUAAAAUCAUAAACUUUUACGAUUAAAAGACAGUUCUUGCCCGUGGUUCUUUCAGAAGCGGCUUUUAUUAAUACAUCACUGGCUGAACACCGCCUUCAAAGUGAUCAGAAGGUAGCACAUGCGAUGUUAUUUUUCGCUUUUUAGUUUAUUUUUGAGAUUUUGAAGUCGGUUCAAUUUAUUUUAUCUAAAAUACUGUUUAAUAAUCUUCAUAGACCAGAACAUACUUUAUUUCUUGUAAUAAAAAUUGGCUACCCUAGAGCGAGAGAACGAUGCGUGACGUAAUUUUUUUCGAGUGUGCAGCCGGCUCCAUCGAAUUAUAAGACGUUGUCUCGUCAAAACCAGGAAUACGUAAGGUUGCCUGGAAGAAAUCGCUAUGUAGCGAUAAG